UUAAUACAAAACACGACUGUUUAUUUUGGAGCUAAGGUUCAGAGUUGAGAGGUCAUGAUACAAUCAUGGCAGGCUGUGAGCUGCGAGGGGAGCUGAAAUACAGAAACGGGGACACCAAACAGUUCAUUGUAAAAGCUGAAACCAACAUAAAGUCGAUUCUAAGUGGGGUACAACAGUUAAAAGACGAGGUGUCGGUGGUGCUCAGUGACUUGGUGAAUCAAGAAAAAAGCGAGAACCCACAUUCUCGGAAUGGCAAUGACGUUUCAGAAGAUGAAAAUGAGGGUGACAGUGAAGAGGAUGAAGAGGAAAUCAAACCCAAGACCAAAGCAUCUAGUCUGGAGCCACCUGCAAAACGAACCAAAAAUCUGCAGGUGUAAAACCGUGGCCACAUACAGGAGACUGCCUUAGGAGACUUGUUUCUUUUACUGCUGUAUUGAAUAUUUGCUGGACUCAGCACUGGAGACUGAUGCCCCCACUUUAUUCACUGUGCAUGCUGUUUCAAAGUGCAGUACACAGUCAGUUUGCUUUAAUUGUCCUUGAGGAGUGUCUCUGUUAGGUUGGAUAAAGAAGGCAGUUCAACUCCACCUUCAGCCCUAUGCCAGCAAAGGUGGGUAAUAAUAGCUGCUCCUGUUUUGGACACCUUUCUGUUUGGAAGUGAGACCUCCAGAACUCAUUUCAUGAAGACAUUUCCUGAAUAGAGAUAUAAAUUGUUACACGACUGACUAGCAAGUCAUCAACUUAAUUAAGAAGCAUUGCGGUGUAGACUGGACUCAAAAAUAGGAUAGUUAAGAGCUCAGAUUCUGUAAUGAGAAGCUUCUGUAGAUCAUUCCUGCAGUUAGUUAAUGACACUCCAAUUAAACUAGUCACCAUGGUAACUGUGCCAUAUUACCCUGUAAAUUUACAUUUGGCCUAACGUUGCACAGUGCUGAAACAUUUUUCAUGAAUAAUGUAGAACAUUUUAUCCAUGAAUCCAAAUCUACACAUAUUUGAUGUUCUUGUUUAUUUAAAAGAAACUAUUGAGUUGGACAACAUAUUGGAAACUACCUUAACAUGGUCAAUGUGAUCUUGCUCGGCCCACUAUGUAAAGUGCCUCUAGACUAAUAUUCUACUAAUAUUUGCACUUCUUUACGCAAACUCUGCUCCAGUAAUUUCCAACAAAUACAGUAGUUUCAGUGUCCUGAAAACAAAGUUGAAGAGAUAGCAGUUACUAGUAUUGAAUUACAUACAUUCAUUGUUUCAAGUUGAAAAUUUAAAGCAGUGUCAAUGUAGCAACUUUUCCAAACAGUGCAUUGUAUCUUUUUACUUUGAUUAAUACCAAUAUUCUAUACUUUACAUGUGUACUUGAUAUCAAAUAACUUUUCAAUAUUUGCCCCACAAUUUCUUGAACUUUGCUUGUUUACAUGGAAACUACAUGUUGUGAUCACCCAGUCCACACUCACAUUGAAUCUGGAAUGGCAAAUGUAACACCUCAUGUGAUGAACAUGUGUUUACUCAUUUUUGAAUAGGGUAAUAAAGUAGCUUAUCGAUGCCA